GCCGGGCCGGGCCGGGCGGGUGCGCAGGCGCAGUGCGGUGCGGCGCGGAGGGUCGGCAGCCAUGACAUCGGCGCUCGAGACUUACAUCAACCGUACUGUUGCAGUGGUCACAGCAGAUGGAAGAAUGAUUGUGGGAACCCUGAAGGGAUUUGACCAGACUAUCAACCUAAUCCUAGAUGAAAGUCAUGAGCGCGUAUUUAGUUCACAACAAGGUGUGGAGCAAGUUGUACUGGGCUUGUACAUAGUGAGAGGAGACAAUGUGGCAGUGAUAGGUGAAAUAGAUGAAGAAACGGAUUCAGCUCUGGAUUUGGGAAACAUCCGAGCUGAGCCUUUAAAUUCUGUGGUUCACUGAAAGUGGUGCAAGCCAUUUGGACUUUGUGAAUGCAUUGCUGCCAUUGCAUGUGGAGAGAAUGGAAGGUGGAUGCUAUCACAAUCCUGAACAACUAUGGACGCAGUCUGCUGUCUGCAGAGUGGACAAUUCAGUUGCUGUCUGAAUUUUUUUAUGUUUUGUAGUUUUGAAUAUUUACAAUAAUAUUUCCUAGACUUGGUUGUAUCAAGUUCUUUCAAAGUUCUUUGUCAUUGACUACAAUGAAAAUAAAUUGAAUAUGGUCAUUUCAAACCAAACUCAGUGAAUUGUACACACAAAAGGGUAAUUGCUUUCAUUUAUCGCUCCCUCCCUCUCUCUCUUUCUCUCUUCCCUUCCUUCUGAAAGAUUAAAUUGACUUAAAAUGAUUCAAUCGAAAGAUUUUAACAAAAGGCAAAUAGAUUUGUUCUCAUUAAAAUAAUUCAUUUUCUACGUCUAAGGAAAAUAGAAUUUGGAAUGAAUGCGUUAAAUGUAAUCUCUUGCACAGAUCAGAAUAGUUUUCCAUGCCUCUCAAUAUAUUACUGUGAAAAAAUGGACCCUCACUGUUCUGACAUUCAGACGUACAAAAGCCAUCUCAGAAUUCUAAUCAUUCCAUGGAUUUUAGAGUGUAACAUAGAAUAUUUUACUAGUUACUUUACAGUAUUGUCUUCUGUUUCAAGUAAACUGAAUGUACUUUCUAAAUGCUGUGUUGUAACUGAGACAUCUUGUGCUCGGUUCUAUAUUUUAUGUUGACAAGUUAUAAUGGGGAAAAAGAAGUGGGUUUUUCUUAAUGGAUUCUUUCAGAUUAAAAAAAACCUUAAGACUGCAUUCAGGAAAGAGUAAAGAUUUGCAGUUGUUUAAAGAUGUAAGUUAUAUUGUUCACUUUUAUCUAUUAUUGUUAAUAUCAUUCUGAUUUAUUGUUAUUAUGGCCAGUUCUCUCUGUUCUUUUAUUUCAACAUCCUGUUGUAAUAAUGUGAUGUACCGUGAAAUGACUUUAAUCCUUAUCCUGCUGCAUAAACAUAUUCCCAUAGGAUUUGUAUAACUUGCAA